GGUGCCAUGCUGAACCCUCAUCGCCAGUCAGUGCUGACCAACGCGUGUAUCAAACCCUCUGUGGACCCCAUUAACCGGACACCUGGCACCAUCUAUGAGCCAAAAGGGCAGGUCCGGCUCUUGGGGCUCCUUUCAGAAAGCUCCCCCUCUCCGCAGGAGGGCUAUCUGGAUGCUGGAGAUGGAAUGCUGAUUUGUAUGAAGCGAGCAAAGAAGAAGAGUGCCACCUCGACUGGGAAGAACUGUACGGAGUCUGAGAAACUAGGCCUAAAUGUCACUGACGCCUCAAACACAGGGCCAGAUUCCAAGCCAAGCAGGCAACCCGUGCCCCCCACACCAGACCUCAAGGCCAUCGCUGCAAGCCCUUUGUCACCACCUAAGUCCCUCAAACAAUCGAAUUCAGGUUCAUUUCCAUUCCACUGGCUGUGGGAGAGAUUCUCUAUCAAGGGCCAAGCCAUGUACCAACACCGAUCCUUAGAGAAGGCUAAAAAGAAUUCCUCCAUGGUUUCCAGGAGCUCUGUUUGUGAGCCUCUCAGCACAUCAGAGCCAGGCUCGAGCUUCACCAGUGGGCAGGGAUCCUGGAACUCUACAGACAACUAUUACCCGGCUGAGCGUGGGACAUCAGGAGGUCCCAAGGAGCUUCCCUGUAAGCAUCAGAAACACCACCAGCUCAUGGGCCCACCUUCUGGGAGUUCCCUUUUGCCUCUGUACUGGAAGAUGGAGGCUCGGUCUGAGGCUCGGAAGCGCCAACUGCGCCAGGAACGCCGGCGCUGGCUCCAGCUCACCCAGCAGUUGCUGAGCCUCGAGGAUCAGUCCCCUUGGUGUGAGAAAAGGCUCUCAGCCAAGCAGCUGGAAGAAAAACUGAGAGCGGAACUUCUCUGCCUGGCCACAGAGCCCCUGGAUCCCAGUUCACCAAGGGAGAAAAUCAGAACCAAGACUGCCAAGGAGGAGCCAACAUUCAAACCCACCAUCAACCGCAAGAUCCCCAAUUUCAAGAAUUUGCAGAAGCGUUUCCAAGAACGACUUGAGCAAAAGAAAGAUCAAGCAAAGCUCACUGUUUGUAAGCCUUUCCGCAUUACCUCUGUCCGCGGCUCCCAAACAUUCUCUGGGGAAGAGGACAAGCAGGAUCAGGAAGAGCCUUUUUACGACGUUGACAACCUCUGGGGAGUUCACUUUAGGGCCCAGUCUUGCCCAGACUUCGGCCCCCCUAGCAUUUGUCCAGUGAUGCACACCAAGACCUCUGAUAAGCGGCAGGAGGCCAACAGGCUGCUGCUGCUAGAAUGGGAACGGCGGGAACGGCAGGAGAAGCUGCGAGCCGAGCUGCGCAGGAUCAAGGAACAGCAGGUGCAGCGGGAAGUGGCCAAGUGCCUAGCGGCUUACCGGAGCCCGGGCAACUCUGCCAUGUCAUUCCAAAAGAGGAAGGAGGAACUCCGGAGGCAGGAGAAGCAGCGCAUGGAAGAGUACUCCUUGCAGCUUCAAGAGAUACAGGAUCGUGUGGAGAGCAGGCCUUACCUCUUCGAGAGAGUCAUGCAGGCCAAUGCCCGUCAGGCUGUGGAGCGGCGUUUUUCCCAGGUUCUCUCUGCCCUGGGCAUCGACGAAGAUAUGCUAUGGAAGCACGCUGUCCGUCAGGCUGCCAACAAAUGCUCUUCCAAGGCCAUGUAA